AUGGAGAGAGAACAACAGGCGUAUGCAAUGAAAUUCCAGGUGAAUUACCCAGAACAGCUGGAUGGGUUCAACGUAAAGGUUCUUUUGAAUACACCAUUAUUUAAGACAGCAUCGAAAAAUAAUUUGCAUAUUGACAUGAUAGCUUUAGAAAAGGAAAGAGAGAAAUAUUAUCUAUUUGACUUAAAAAAUGAGAAAAAAAUAAAAAAUAAAGAAAAAAUAAAUAUAUUAAACACAUACUAUACAGAGAAUGAAAAAUUAGUAUACUCAUUAUUAGCUUCAUUUAUUGAAUCAAAAAUAUAUUCUUUUGAAGGGUAUAUUGUAUCCUCCGUUGCUAUUAAAAUAAAUCCAUCUUACUACUCUGCGUGGAUAUACAGGAGGAAAUGUUUAAGGAAAUUGAAUUUGAAUUUCAGAAAUGAUUUAAGAUUUACCAGGUUUAUCAUUAAUGAUAAUAUAAAAAGUUUUCAGAGCUGGUUUCAUCGAAGGUGGCUGGUUGAGUAUAUUUACAAAAUGACCAGAAGAGAGAGGAGGAGAAAAGAUCAAGAAGAUGCGCAGGGGGGGGGAGCAUGUGCAGAAAAUUGUCACCAUUGUGUGAGUGCAGAAAAUUGUCACCAUUGUGUGAGUGCAGAAAAUUGUCACCAUUGUGUGAGUGCAGAAAAUUGUCACCAUUGUGUGAGUGCAGAAAAUUGUCACCAUUGUGUGAGUGCAGAAAAUUGUCACCAUUGUGUGAGUGCAGAAAAUUGUCACCAUUGUGGGAGUGCAGAAAAUUGUCACCAUUGUGGGAGUGCAGAAAAUUGUCACCAUUGUGGGAGUGCAGAAAAUUGUCACCAUUGUGUGAGUGCAGAAAAACAUAGACAAAAAUGCAAUGGGAAGCGUGAUAAAAUCAACGUGGAUAAUUAUGAUUUCUUGGAAGAUGAUGAUAACUUUAUAAGUAGUGAAAGUAGUGACAAUGAUGGACCUUCUGACUUUGGUCUCGUUUCUCCUAAUGGUGACAGCAGGAGGAGAGCUAUUCCAACAUCAGCAGAAUCUGUCAAGAGAACGAAUGGACAUGAUGAGGAGGCUGCACUGAAUUCGGAAGAAGAUGCGUUCAUAAGCAACUACGACGAGACAGAUUUGGAAAUCAAAAAAGAAGAUGUUGUCAUUUUGCAUGAAACUUUGUGUAACAUUGUAGAAAGUUGUAAUUUCUUCAAAAAUGCUUUAAAUCCAGAUGAUAAGGAGAUAAACAUAGACGAAUUUUUAUAUGAAGAAAUGCUUUGUAGUAAUUGCGAUAUAUUUCUUGAUGCAAAGAAUUACAAUUCAUGGGCACACAAAACAUGGUUAAUUGAUAAAUUAAAAGUUUUUAAAAAUAAAUAUUUAUGUGAGAAAUAUAAUAUCAUCGCACAUGAAUUUAAUUUUAUCAAUUGUUUUUUAAAACAUGAUAUUUAUAACAACUCAGUGUGGGUAUACAGAUAUUUUAUAUUUACGAAAUUAAAAUAUAUAAGUAAAAUAGUAAAACUAGAGAAGGAAAUUAAAUUCUGCUUAAAUUAUGCAAAACAGUUUUGUCACAAUGAAACCAUUUUCAGGUAUUUCAUUCAUAUCGUUUUUAAAUAUAUUGAUUUACAUAAAAAAAAAAAAAAUCCUCCUAUAAAGGAUAUUUUCGAAAUACCCAUAAUUCUUAAUUUAAAAAAUGAACUAGACAAGCUUAAGACGAAUUCCAAAUAUGUUUCCCUUUUUCUGUCGGAACUGUAUUCUUCCAAUGGCUUACUUUCCGUACAAGUUCAGUGCUACAGGUAUCUUGAAAAAUAUGAUGAUUUCAAUGAUACCGUGUGGAGAAGCAAAAUUGAAGAGGUUCAAAAACAUAUUGAUAUGUAA